AUGGGUGCACUCUUGGCGGCUCCGGUUUGUGCUGCUUCGGUAAGCUGCUUCCACUCCUAAAACUUUUUAAACGUCGUCUUACAGGCAGCAUGCUGUUUCGGAAGCGCGGCAUGCUCUUUGUGCUGCUCUGCGUGUCCAAGUGCCAAAAACUCGACGACGACAAGAAUAAUGUACGCUCUGAUGCUGUUCACAGCCACGUUCCUUGCUGUUUUCAUGCUUCUACCCGGAGUUCAACAAAAGUUAGUGGAUGUAAGUGAAGAAUCAAAGAAUCGAUAAAUAUUAUGGGAUUUUGCUUAUUUCCAGAACAAAUGGCUAUGCGACAGCAUAAACGAAUACGCAGGAAUAAACUGCCAGCAUGCAAUCGGAUAUCAAGCGGUCUACCGUGUCUGCGCAGGAGCUGCUUCCUUCUUCUUUCUCAUGAUGCUCCUCAUGUUCGGCGUGACUUCCUCUCAAGACGGACGAUCUUCUAUUCAAAACGGAUUCUGGUUCUUCAAGUACAUUUUGAUGUUCGGAAUGAUUGCUGGAUACUUUUUCGUCGGCAGUGACACUUUGGCUACUCGUAAGUAUCAUGAUUCGUGCUGUGCCGCGUCCAAGGUAACAUUUUCAGCUCUCAUGUACCUCGGAAUGCUCGGCGCCUUCCUGUUUAUUCUCAUCCAACUCAUUCUGAUCGUUGACUUUGCCCAUGGGCUCGCUGAAUCGUGGGUCUCUCAAUACCAAGACAAUGACUCUCGUGCCUGCUACGCCGGACUCCUUAUCACCACUUUCGGCGGUUUUCUCGUCUGUCUCGUCGCUGCCGUCUUUGUUUUCAUCAAUUAUGCAAUCGGCGAUGGAUGUAGUCUCCCCAAGUUCUUUGUCAUUGUCAACGUGCUCAUUUGCAUUGCGAUCAGUGGCCUUUCGAUCACUCCGCUGGUCCAGGAAGUGUCGCCUCGUUCGGACUCCUCCAGGCGGUCGUCAUCAGCUCGUACAUCAUCUACCUGACUUGGUCGGCUCUUCUCAGCAAUCCAAGUGAGUGAACAUCCUCUGAUGAUGAAAUCAAAAGCUUUUUUUCCAGACGAGUCUUGCAACCCAACUCUCGCCAAUGUCACCCAAAGCGCCAUUACCCCAGGAACCGGAAAGCAGGACGAACAGUUCGUAACUCCGUUGCCAGUUCACUCUUUGAUUUCUCUGUUCAUCUGGUUUAUAUGCCUCAUUUACGCAUCUAUUCGCAACUCUUCAAACACGUCACUCGGCAAGAUUACUGGCGGAAAUGACGAGGACGUUAAGCUCAGUGAGUUACACAACAAGGAAACUCGGUCGACAUUUAUGCGUUGUUUACAGAUGAUGCGGAAGGCGGAAAAGCGUGGGACAACGAAGAGGAAAGCGUAGCCUACUCGUACAGCUUCUUCCACUUCAUGUUCUGCCUCGCUUCCCUGUACGUCAUGAUGACUCUGACCUCCUGGUACCAUCCGGACAGCGACCUCGCCCAUCUGAAUUCGAAUAUGGCCUCCGUCUGGGUGAAGAUUAUCUCCUCCUGGAUCUGUGCUGCACUCUACUCCUGGACCCUUCUGGCGCCUGUCAUUUUCCCGGACAGAGAGUUUUAA